AUGGAGCAGCUGUCCGAUGAAGAAAUUGACCAUGGUGCUGAAGAAGACAGUGACAAGGAAGAUCAGGACUUGGAUAAGAUGUUUGGAGCCUGGCUUGGGGAACUGGACAAGCUCACUCAGAGUUUGGAUUCUGAUAAGCCCAUACAACCUGUGAAAAGAUCUCCUCUUCGCCAAGAAACAAACAUGGCCAAUUUUUCUUAUCGCUUCUCCAUAUAUAACUUGAAUGAAGCUCUUAAUCAAGGAGAGACUGUGGACCUGGACGCCCUGAUGGCCGACCUCUGCUCUAUUGAGCAGGAGCUCAGCAGCAUCGGUUCAGGAAAUAGCAAGCGUCCAGUCACAGAAACAAAGGCUACACAGAAACUACCUGCUGGCCGCCAUGCUUCAAAACACGGCACUUUGAAAGCUUCGUCUUCCUCAUCUAAUUGGAUAACCAAACCUGCUCAAGCUAACUACUCCCUGGAUGACAUCACUGCACAGUUGGAACAGGCCUCCCUCAGCAUGGAUGAGGCUGCACAGCAGUCUGCUCUGGAGGAUUCCAAGCCCCUCGUCACCGGUCAGCACCGGAGAACCGCCUCGGCAGGCACCGUGAGCGACGCCGACGUGCGCUCUGUGAGCAACUCCUCCCGGUCCAGCAUCACUUCUGCAGCCUCCAGCAUGGACUCUCUGGAUAUUGAGAAAGUAACACGCCCUCAAGAGCUCGAUUUGACUCAUCAGGGGCAACCCAUCACUGAGGAAGAACAGGCAGCGAAGGUGAAAGCUGAGAAGAUCCGAGUUGCCCUCGAGAAAAUUAAAGAAGCGCAAGUGAAGAAGCUGGUGAUCAGAGUCCACAUGUCUGAUGACAGUUCUAAAACCAUGAUGGUGGAUGAGAGGCAGACGGUGAGACAGGUGCUGGACAACCUGAUGGACAAAUCUCACUGCGGCUACAGUUUAGACUGGUCACUGGUGGAGACUGUGUCUGAGCUGCAAAUGGAGAGAAUCUUCGAAGACCAUGAAAACCUGGUUGAAAAUCUUCUUAACUGGACAAGAGAUAGCCAAAACAAACUUAUAUUUAUGGAACGUAUAGAAAAAUACGCACUUUUCAAAAACCCACAGAACUAUCUUCUGGGGAAAAAGGAGACUGUUGAGAUGGCAGACAGAAACAAAGAGGUGCUGUUGGAGGAAUGUUUCUGUGGCAGCUCUGUAACUGUACCAGAGAUUGAAGGAGUUCUGUGGUUGAAAGAUGACGGCAAGAAGUCCUGGAAAAAACGUUACUUUCUCCUGCGAGCAUCUGGCAUCUACUAUGUCCCCAAAGGAAAAGCAAAGGUCUCUCGCGAGCUGGUGUGCUUUCUGCAGCUGGAUCACGUCAAUGUCUACUAUGGCCAGGACUACCGGAGCAAAUACAAAGCGCCUACAGACUACUGUUUGGUGCUGAAGCACCCACAGAUCCAGAAGAAAUCUCAGUAUAUCAAAUACCUGUGCUGUGAUGACAUGAGAACACUGCAUCAGUGGGUCAAUGGAAUUCGCAUUGCCAAGUAUGGGAAACAGCUGUACGUGAACUAUCAAGAAGCCCUGAAGAGGACGGAGUCUGCUUAUGACUGGACUUCCUUAUCCAGCUCCAGCAUCAAAUCAGGAUCCAGUUCCUCCAGUAUCCCAGAGUCGCAGUCAAACCACUCUAACCAGUCGGACAGUGGCGUCUCUGACACACAGCCCGCAGGACACGCGCGGUCGCAGAGCACCGUGAGCUCCAUCUUCUCCGAGGCCUGGAAGCGGGGCACGCAGCUCGAGGAGUCCAGCAAGGCCAGAACCGAGUCUGCGAAUCGGCCCUACCCUUCACUUAUGCCCCCUUUAUCCCCACAACCCAAGAUGGUGACCCCCUACACUGCUUCUCAGCCUUCCCCCCCUCUGCCUCCUCCCCCACCCCCGCCUCCUCCUCCUCCCCCUCCUCCUCCCCCGCCCCCUCCCCCACUCCCCAGCCAGUCAGCCUCAUCCUCUGCCUCUGCCGCCACGAUGUUUGUCAAGUACAGCACCAUCACGAGGCUGCAGAACGCCUCUCAACAUUCAGGGCCCCUAUUUAAGCCCCCACCCCCACCCGCCAUGCAGCCUGUGCAAACCCUGGCCUCCCAGUCAGCCAAGCCCCAGAUCCUGGUGCCUCCCAGUGGAGUUGUGCCCCCUCCGCCUCCCCCACCACCACCUCCAACCCCCGGCUCAGCUAUGGCCCAGCUCAAGCCGGCCCCCUGUGCCCCGUCCCUGCCACAGUUCAGCCCCCCACCUCCUCCACUCAAGAUCCAUCAGGUCCAACACGUUGCUCAGGCAGCCCCUCCAACGCCUCCCCCGGCUCCUGUCAUGCCAGCGCCCCUCCCUCCUCAAGCGCCCCCCAAGCCCCUGGUGACCAUCCCUCCACACAGCACCAAGACCGUGCCACCCCCUGCCACGCAAGCCGCGCCCCCAACACCUACCCCGACGCCCCCGGUGCCCCCAGCUAAAAAGCAGCCGCCUUUCUCCGCCCCCCACCCGCCCUGCCCACCCACCCCUCCGGCCCCAGGCCCCCCGCCCACGUUGCCCAAGCAGCAGAGCUUCGGCGGGAAGCCCCCUCCCUCCCCGCUGUCGCCCGCGCCCUCGCUGGUCAGGCAGCUGGCCAGCCAGUUCCCCCCGCCGCCACCGCCGCCGCCCCCGGACCCGCAACCCGGAAAGGCCCCCUCCGCGGGGCCGCAGUCCCCUCCUGCUGUGAAAGCAAAGCCCAAGUGGCAGCCCAGCGCCCCGGCCCCUUCUCCGGAUUUCCCGCCGCCGCCCCCCGAGAGCAGCCUGGUGUUCCCGCCGCCUCCCCCGCCGACGCCGCCGCCGCCGCCCGCUGCUUCUCCCGCCCCCGACAAAAGCGGAUCUCCGGGCAAAAAGCCCGGCAAGACCUCCAGCCCCGGUGGGAAGAAGCCGCCCCCGACCCCCCAGCGCAACUCCAGCAUUAAGUCCGGCGCUGUCGGAGAGCAGGCCGAGCCCAAGCGGCCCUCCGUGGACAGCCUGGUCAGCAAGUUCGCCUCGGCCGCGGAGCCGGGCCCUCCCGGCAAGGAGUCCGGGGUGCCUCCAGCAGCGCCCCCAAAGCCAGGCAAACUGCAGCUUGCCGGGGUUCACCUCCCCGGCGCUCUGCACCCUGGCGCGCCCGCCAGAGCCUCGGCCGCGGGUGGGCGCAGCAAGGACCCCGUGGUGGAGUUUCCUUCUCCUCCCUCCGACUCCGACUUCCCCCCGCCACCCCCCGAAAUCGAGCUGCCUCCGCCCCCGAUAGAGAUCCCGGCCGUAUUCGCGGGGAGCACCUCCCCCAAAGUGGCCGUGGUCAACCCCCAGCCACAGCCGUGGUCCAAGUCCUCGGUCAAGAAGGCCCCUCCGCCCACGCGGCCCAAACGCAACGACAGCACCCGCCUCACCCAGGCCGAGGCCGCGGAGCCGCCCCCGCUGGCGCCCGCAGCUGCGCCCCAAGUGCCCACGUCGCCCAAGUCCAGCCUUAGCGUGCAGCCUGGCUUCCUGGCGGACCUCAACAGGACACUGCAGCGGAAGUCCAUCACCCGGCACGGCUCGCUGUCGUCCUCGCGCGUGGCCAGAGCAGAACCCACAGCCACCAUGGAUGACAUGGCGCUGCCCCCGCCGCCCCCCGAGCUGCUGAGCGAGCAACAGAAGGCGGGCUGCGGGGGCAGUCACAUAUCGGGCUACGCGACACUGCGGAGAGGGCCGCCCCCCGCCCCGCCCAAGAGAGACCAGAACACCAAGCUCUCCAGAGACUGGUAG